GAUCACGACCGAGAAAAUCCGGAGGCAUCGCCGAGCGUCGUCGCGUCGAAGGCUCGAUCGAGAGCAUGGACUCCCGGAGACUCUUCUCGAGAGCGUAAGAGCCCUCCCCCGGUUAAUUCACACCGAUCGGAAGUGGGAGAUACAAGGCGACGAUCUGAAGCGCGAAGAGCUUACCGAAGAUGUAUCUGUACAAUCUGACCCUCCAACGUGCCACGGGCAUCACGCACGCGGUGCACGGCAAUUUCUCCGGCAGCAAGAUGCAGGAGAUCCUCGUCUCCCGCGGCAAGUCGCUGGAGCUGCUGCGACCUGACCCGAACACCGGCAAGGUCCACACGCUGCUGACCGUCGAGGUGUUCGGCAUCGUCCGGUCGCUCAUGGCGUUCAGGCUCACCGGCGCGACGAAGGACUACAUCGUCGUCGGCUCGGACUCCGGGCGUAUAGUGAUACUGGAGUACAUCCCCGCCAAGAACAUCUUCGAGAAGGUCCAUCAGGAGACCUUCGGCAAAAGUGGAUGCCGACGCAUCGUCCCCGGCCAGUAUCUUGCCAUCGAUCCGAAAGGGAGAGCGGUUAUGAUAGGUGCAAUCGAGAAGCAGAAACUUGUGUACAUUCUCAACAGAGACGCUGAGGCUCGUCUGACAAUCUCUUCUCCAUUGGAAGCUCACAAGAGCAACACGCUGGUGUACCAUACAGUUGGUGUCGACGUUGGUUUUGAGAAUCCUAUGUUUGCCUGUUUAGAAAUUGAUUACGAGGAAGCCGACAGCGAUCCCACGGGCGACGCGGCGGUGAAGACGCAGCAGACGCUCACGCUGUACGAGCUCGAUCUCGGGCUGAAUCACGUGGUGCGGAAGUACAGCGAGCCGUUGGAGGAGCACGCCAACUUCCUCGUGUCCGUGCCCGGCGGCAACGACGGCCCGAGCGGCGUGCUGAUCUGCUCCGAGAACUAUCUCACUUACAAGAACCUCGGUGAUCAGCACGACAUACGCUGCCCGAUCCCGCGGCGCCGCAACGACCUGGACGAUCCCGAGCGAGGGAUGAUAUUCGUGUGCUCGGCCACGCACAAGACGAAGAGCAUGUUCUUCUUCCUCGCGCAGACGGAGCAGGGCGACAUCUUCAAGAUCACCCUCGAGACGGACGAGGACAUGGUCACCGAGAUCAAGCUCAAGUACUUCGACACGGUGCCCGUGGCGGCGAGUAUGUGCGUCCUGAAAACGGGUUUCCUGUUCGUCGCCUCGGAAUUCGGCAACCAUUACCUGUAUCAAAUAGCACAUCUCGGAGACGACGACGACGAGCCGGAGUUCAGCUCGGCGAUGCCGUUGGAGGAGGGUGACACCUUCUUUUUCGCACCGCGGCCGCUCCGAAAUUUGGUGCUGGUCGACGAAAUGGACAGCCUCUCGCCCAUAAUGGCUUGUCAGGUAGCGGAUUUGGCGAACGAGGACACGCCGCAGUUGUACAUCGCCUGCGGACGAGGACCGCGGUCCACGUUGCGGGUGUUGCGCCACGGCCUCGAGGUUUCCGAGAUGGCCGUGAGCGAGCUGCCUGGUAACCCGAACGCGGUGUGGACCGUGAAGAGAAGAAUCGAUGAGGAAUAUGAUGCAUACAUCAUAGUGUCCUUCGUGAACGCCACACUCGUACUCAGUAUCGGCGAGACUGUCGAGGAAGUGACGGACUCGGGUUUUCUCGGUACAACACCGACCUUGAGUUGCUCCGCAUUGGGCGAGGACGCGUUGGUGCAGGUGUAUCCCGAUGGUAUACGUCACAUACGAGCGGAUAAGCGCGUCAACGAGUGGAAGGCACCCGGCAAGAAGACCAUCGUGAAAUGCGCGGUCAAUCAACGUCAAGUCGUGAUCGCCCUCACUGGAGGGGAACUGGUCUACUUCGAGAUGGACCCUACCGGACAACUGAACGAGUAUACGGAAAGGAAGAAGAUGCCCUCGGAGGUAAUGUGCAUGGCCCUCGGGAACGUGGCAGUGGGCGAGCAGCGCUCGUGGUUCCUUGCCGUCGGGCUGCAGGACAACACGGUGAGGAUAAUAUCGUUGGAUCCCUCGGACUGUCUGGCUCCGAGGAGCAUGCAGGCAUUGCCAGCGGCCGCGGAGAGCUUGUGCAUCGUGGAGAUGGGCGCCAAGGAGGCCGACAAUUCCGAGGAUGCGGCGCCGCAGCAAUCCAGUUUAUACCUGAAUAUAGGUUUGCAGAACGGUGUCCUGCUCAGAACUGUGUUAGACCCGAUUUCCGGCGAUCUCGCGGACACGAGAACGCGCUACCUGGGCUCCCGGCCCGUGAAGCUCUUCAGAAUACGAAUGCAGGGCAACCAGGCGGUGCUGGCGAUGAGCAGCCGCUCCUGGCUGAGCUACUACCACCAGAAUCGUUUCCAUCUCACGCCCCUGUCGUACGAGAGCCUUGAGUUCGCGUCGGGCUUCAGCUCCGAGCAGUGCCCGGAGGGUAUCGUCGCCAUAUCGACGAACACGCUGAGGAUCCUCGCGCUCGAGAAACUCGGCGCCGUGUUCAAUCAGGUGAGCUUCCCGCUGGAGUACACGCCGCGGAAGUUCGCGAUUCACGCGGACUCCGCGCAUCUGGUGAUCAUCGAGACGGAGCACAACGCCUACACGGAGGAGACAAAGCAGCAGCGACGGCAGCAGAUGGCGGACGAGAUGCAGGAGGCGGCCGGCGCCGAGGAGGCCGCUGUCGCCCGGGAAUUAGCGGAGGCCUUCAUGUCGGAGGAGCCGAACGAGGCGGUUUUCGGUGCCCCGCGAGCGGGCCCGGGCCUCUGGGCUUCUAUGCUGCGACUAAUGGCACCGACCACCGGAGAAACGUUCGAAGUUCAUCGAUUCGAGCAAAAUCUAGCCGCGUUAUGUCUUUGCCUCGUAAAGUUCGCCAAUCAAGGUGACCAGCUGUUUCUCAUUGUUGGCGUCGCGAAGGAAUUUCAGCUGAAUCCUAGAGUUAGCAAUGGCGGUUUUCUUUACACAUACAAAGUAAAUGCGGAGUGUACCAGUAUUGAGCUGCUGCACAAAUCCCCGUUAGACGAGGUGCCGCUGGCCAUUUGUCCGUAUCAGGGACGCGUGCUGGUUGGCGUGGGCAGGAUGCUGCGGCUCUACGACAUGGGCAAGAAGAAGUUGCUGCGUAAGUGCGAGAACAAGCACAUACCCAACGCCGUCGUGUCGAUCAACGCGAUCGGCCAGCGGAUCUACGUCAGCGACGUGCAGGAGUCCGUGUACGCGGUGCGAUACAAGCGCCAGGAGAAUCAGUUGAUCGUUUUCGCCGACGACACGCAUCCCAGGUGGAUCACGACGACGUGCGUGCUAGAUUACGACACCGUCGCCACCGCCGACAAAUUCGGAAACAUAGCUGUGAUACGAUUGGCGACUGGCAUUAAUGACGACGUGGACGAGGAUCCUACCGGGAAUAAGGCCCUGUGGGACCGGGGACUGCUGAACGGCGCGAGCCAGAAGGCGGACACGGUGGCGUGCUUCCACGUCGGCGAGACGGUGAUGUCGCUGCAGAAGGCGACCCUCAUCCCCGGCGGUUCCGAGAGUCUGGUCUACACGACCCUGAGCGGAACGGUGGGCGUGCUCGUGCCGUUCACGAGCCACGAAGAUCACGAUUUCUUCCAGCAUCUCGAGAUGCACAUGCGAUCCGAGCAUCCGCCUCUGUGCGGCAGAGAUCACCUCUCCUUCCGGUCGUACUACUACCCUGUAAAAAAUGUCAUCGACGGCGAUCUCUGCGAGCAAUUCAACUCGAUCGAGCCCGCGAAGCAGAAGAGCAUUUCUGGCGAUCUCGAGAGAACGCCAUCGGAGGUGUCGAAGAAGCUGGAGGACAUACGUACGCGUUACGCUUUCUAAACUUUCCGGACGCGCCAGAGGAUCGCUUCGACGCGCCGUUCUUCUUUUUCAAUGAUCUUGGAAAAUCUGUUACGGAUUCUAUUCAGUCCGUUAAUUUUUCUUGGCCAGUAAAAAGAAAAUUGAAUUUUUUUUCGGAAGGCAGAAAAUCGGAAUGCCGAGACGGGAGCACUAAUAUUGGAAGAGAAGUAAGUUUCUAUUAAAUUUAUUUGUACUCGUUGCGUGAUAUUGAAUGCGACGAUUCCGAUCGAGUCAAUCGUGCAAAUCAAAUUCCGUUUAUACACCGUAAUCGCAUAUAAAAAUUCGAUUUAAAGUAUAUUCACGCUGUGUAAAAAUUCAAGAUUUUCUACAUGUACGAUAGCUUUAUUAUAUAGACAUAAACUUUUAGAAUCGUACAUAUACGUAAACAUCGAGAUGUGAUGUGACGAGGAGCGCAAAUUAAGAUUACAAUUCGAUAAUUGUAAAAAAAAAUUAAAGAAACAGCGGUGUUAUUAUUUAAUAAUAUAUAAUAUAAUUAUUGAAUUAUAAUUUUAAUUUGCACGCUCCUCGUAUAUUCAAUUUCUUUGAAGUGAACUGUCAGUAAUGAAAAAAAAAUAACAGUAUUUUAAUAGCUUUAGGGUGACACAUAUAAACUUUUUGUAUUUCCGUAACAAUUAGCGGAACCGCUAUGAUGAAAAGCUAUCUGACACUUGUAAGUGUGAAACUCAUUUGGCUUUCCGUGAAUGGAUUUUAAUCAUAUUUGUACCACAGGGGUGUAGAUAUAUAAAUGUAAUGACGUCAUUUCAUCACUAUGUAUACCGUAUACAAACUAUGGCAUUGCCACAUUCGAAUUGCAUCAGCGAUUAAAGCAAUUAAUUUCCACUUAUUGUGGUCUUGCAAAUUUUCGCAUUAACUCAUGAUCCAUCGAAUCUAACAUCAAUUCCUCGCCUAAUAUUGAUUUGUAUAUCCAUUCAGCACACGAAUAUCUUUGAAUAUAUUUAUUAAAGGAGAAA